CCCCUAACCUUCAGCCGUCGAAACCCUACCCCAAUUGCUCUCUUCUCAGACCCAAUAGCAGAGGCACAAACCCUUCCCCUUUCUCAAAUCGGUCACGACAAUAAUGGGAAAAAGGGACGAAGAAGAAAAUGGAUCCAAGGGAGAGGGGGUGGAGCUGCGCUCAGAAGAGAAGGUGAGCCACGUCGCUGCCACCGUUCAGCCUGUCACCAUCGCGCCGUCUGCAUCGUCGCCACGAAGAGCAGAACCAAUGAAAGGGACGAGUGAUGGUUGUCACGGGCUUGGCGGCCGCCGCGCCUUUGUCGCCACCGCACCCACGCCGUGUCGCUAUUGUCGCCCUCACUACAUCGCCGCCGUCGAGCUCGCGAGCGUGGAGGAAGCACAGCACCACCGGUUUCGUCAGGUUUUUGCCGUCGAACUUGUCUCUACCUCCGCGACUGAUCACACGCUCAGGGAGAGAGGAUGCACGAACAGGAGCCGCCGCGAGGUUGCCGUCGUCACUGCAUGGCUGGGCUCGCCGUUGUGGAAGGUCACCGCCUUUCCUCCACCAUCGCCGAAGGUCCAUCACCAGAGCUGCUGGGCUCGCCGUAUGUUGCUGUGGUGUCGCCGGAGCUUCAGGCCGCUGUGCUGGCCGCCGGAGACCGCAGCUGAAGCCUCUGGCUUCGUGGGUUCUGAUUGUUGUAAGUUGCUCGGCUGUGCACCGUCGUCGGAACUGGGCCAGAUUUACCGCUAGGACGGAUGCACAGGUCCCUGAUUCUAUUCUGUUACUCCAUCAUUCUGUUUCCUAUAGCUACAGUUCGAGUUUUGGUAAUCGCAUGGUUGGAAUAAAAUCCGUUUCUGUUGUAAAAGUAAAUGGAACUGUGAAUGCAGCUGCCACAGAAUGCGAGCCGAUAGAAAAAGAGUUCAUGUGGCGUAGCUAGAUUACGUUUGAGGAUAUGGGCGCAGAAGUCACGAAAAGUUUAUUUAGUUGUUGUUGAGAUGCUCUGUAUUGCUUUAGAUUAUUAUCUUUGUACCCUCGCCUUUAUCCUUAUAUAUUCUGUAAGAGGGGUAGGAAUUGUAUUGGAUAAUGUUUGUAAUAUUAUUUAUAUAUAUGUAUAUAUAUGGAUGUACUCUUUAUGAGUUUUUGUAAGUUGUAUGGUAUCCAUGGAUGUACGUUAUUGAA